GUUAAUUUAGUAUCAAUUUUUACUAUGCUAAUUGAAAUAUAUAAAAUUAUGUAAAAUGGAUAAUUACGACCUAGCUACUGGAGUUCUAGAUUCUUGGGAUUUGCUUUAUCCUAUAUCGGAUACAUACAAAGACCGAAAGAAAAGAAGUGUAAGAGUUGGUAAUUUAAAUCUGAUUUCAUCCUCUGCGUCAAUUUUGUUAAAGGAAACAUCGUAUGCUCCGGUGUUUAACAGCAUAUUAGCCGGCUAUUACCCAGUGUGUGGUGGCUUUUACAAAAGUUAUCCCUCAGAAUAUCAUAGGCCCCGCAUCCAAGUGACCGUAUGUCCAAAAUUUCCAAUAACUGUCGCCAACGCGCACGAGAGACGAAAGCGAUAUAAAAAAUCCGCUGACUACUCCGACCAUUCCAUUUCUGCAAAAAAGGUUUACAUCUUUGUACCGGGAAAGAAAAAAGAUAAAAACUCUGUCAUUGAAACUACAAAUGCUGGGGUCUAUAAGGAAACAAACUAUAACAAUAAUUCGGAAUGCAUAGUAAAUAGUUAUUUUAAAGAUAUGAUUAAAACGAGGAAAAAGCGCUCGGAGACGACAAAGGAGACAGAAAAUCCAUUACAAACUAUUCCAGAAUGUAGCCCCGGUUGCGCUAAUAUGAACAUGAAUAAGACGAAAAAUAUAUCACCGAAUAGAUCCGGUACCGCAUCCCCUGUGAGGCCAAGUAACACAACUGGUACGAAAGCUGAAACCAUAAUCAAAAAAACAACGACUUUGUCUCAAAAACAAAUAUCAAAGUCGCCUGAUAGAAAAAGUUUGAGGAAUGAUGAAGCGAAAACAAAGUCACCUAUUCGCUCAAAUCAACAAAAGACAAAGACAGAUAAGAUUCAAAAGAGUGAAUCUGCAAAAUCACCGGAAAGAUUUAGUGCAAGCCGCAAGCGAUCUAUCGAAUCAGUGAUUGCUGAGGAAAAGUUAAAGUCACCAGACAGAUACGGUAUAAGUGGCGUGGAUACCAGUAGCCCUGAUCGGAUAACGAUUACAGGGCGCUUAGGACUCACGGAAGAUGACCAAUGCAUCCUAAAAUGUGAUGCUACUCUUAAUGACAAGCCGAUUCCGACGCAAUUUCAUGGUAUAGAUUGCGCACUGCUACCGCUAUGUUAUGAGGCUUGUAACGAAGAAUUUAGGUCUCUCAGAAAGCAGCGUGACGCUAAAGUGCAAGCAAAAGAAAGUCCCAUGGGAGCCCGCUUUCAUACACCUGUAGCGACAGGGAAAGAAUCUCAAGGGACGCAAGUCGAUUUUCAAUUGACAUACUCAACAGCUAUACGUCGAUCGGAAGAAUCCAGCCGUGAUAAAAUAAUGCACAAAUGCAAUUGCGUAAACACCGUCGAUAAUGCUAGGGAAAUAUACGAUAAUAAAGAAGAUGCCGGCGUUGCAGUCUGGAAACAUCAUAGCCCUCUUAUUGUAAACUCAACAGCUAUACGUCGAUCGGAAGAAUCCAGCCGUGGUAAAAUAAUGCACAAAUGCAAUUGCGUAAACACCGUCGAUAAUGCUAGGGAAAUAUACGAUAAUAAAGAAGAUGCCGGCGUUGCAGUCAGGAAACAUCAUAGCCCUCUUAUUGUAAACUCAACAGCUAUACGUCGAUCGGAAGAAUCCAGCCGUGGUAAAAUAAUGCACAAAUGCAAUUGCGUAAACACCGUCGAUAAUGCUAGGGAAAUAUAUGAUAAUAAAGAAGAUGCCGGCGUUGCAGCCAGGAAACAUCAUAACCCUCUUAUUGUAAUAUCUGUUUAUCCUAAAACUGAUGAAUCAAGUGAGAAUAGCAGCGAUGCAAAACCAGCAAGCAUUAAAGCAAAGGAUCAUAAAAAAGAAGUUAAAAAAAUUGGACGCAGUCGAUCUCCUUCACCCAGAAAAAACAGCAAAAAAAUUGUUGAAAAGAAAUCUGACAGUCGCGUUAAUGCAUCCACCUCUAAAAAAACUGUCCAUGAAACAGCUAGAAAAGUAACCAGAUCAAAACUUAAUCAAACUCAAAGUCGAAGUCCUGUCCGAACAACAAGCUCCAAAACUAAGACCGAGAGCAAAACAAUCAAAAGCAGGUCCCCUAAAGUUAAAAGAACUCCACCACAAAGUAGGCAAUCAAAUAGCCCUCCAAGUAAACAGAAAGAUGAGAAUGGUGCUGAACAGUUGAAAAGGGCUUUAAUUGAAGAUUUCACCAAGACUUAUACUGAACAUAUAAAUAAUAGAAAUACACAUUUAGAUAUACCACUGCCAACUAAACACAACGUUUCUAAUAUUACCAUUGAUAUAGAAGGCGAUAGUGAAUACUACAAUGUUAAACUAGAGCAAGAUAAUAGGAAGCUGAAUACAAAGCUGACUGUUCGGAAGCCAUCUAAAGGACCUCGGACAGGUGAUAAUAACACUGUGUACAUUAUGGGAGAGACGGAUACGACGUCGUUAGAAAACUUUUUAUACAUGCCAGAAAACGAGCAUAGAAAGCGAUCUUUCUCUCAAACAUUAAUGUAUGAUGGGACAGGUCUGACGAUGGACGGUGAAGACGACGAAGGCAAUACACUAAAUGUAAAGGACAGUAUCGAAGUAUCUCACAGGCGUGAAACCAAAGCCAGCAACGAUGUUGCCUACGAAGUUGAUACGAAAAAUUUAGCCCAGAUAAAGCACUUCCGAGGCGACGACUGCUCGAUUCCCAAUCCAGUAAUAAGAGACAGGGAAAUUAAAAAACUUCUAGGAAUUGAGAAAGGAGUUGGAAAAAAAAAUAAGAACAAGCCAUCGCAAGUACAAGUAAUAAAUGUCAACAACUACCAUAUUGAACAUAAUACACUUAGGACGAUUUACAUAGCCAGGUCCGAUCACAUGAAACCUAAUAGCGAACGAUUUAAACAGGAUUAUGUUAUGAGAACUGAGUCAGUUAAAGACGUUCAAUAUAGAAAGACGGAUAUUCGAAAACAGAGGGUAAGAUUUUCGUCUUCAGAUUCGGCAAAUUAUCUUUCAAGAGCUGAAGACGUUCAAAAAAUGGAUACAGGCUCUAUUCAAACUAUUUUUAAACAUCUAGAUCAUCGCAAAUCUGCAACACCAAAUCUCGGCACCUCGGCUUGUACACUAAGCAACAGUAGCGUCAAUAUUGGCUCGAGAUUUAAAUUGUCAGAGGAGUCAAUGGAAGAGAAGCCUAAGAAACCGUUUCUGAAAAGACUGAUUUCCUGCUUGGUCUUCAAGAUCUCGCCGGUGUCACAGACCAAACACCCACGAGUUCUGAUUGAUAGUGGAACUCCGAAUAGUUCUUUCGACUCCUAUUACAUCAGCACUUCGCUUGGUGCAAUAGAGAUGAGUUCAUCCUUGUACGGAACGAGUGCUUCGUUCUAUAGCGACCACAGCGUACCUACCAUGAAGAUCAAACGUGGAUUCCUGAGUUCGGUCCGGGGCUUGCUCACGCGCAAGUCUUGAAAUUUUUCUGCCUCAUUGC